GAUCUCUGUCUCCGGGGAUACCAGUCGGUGUAAGUUAGAAUGAGUUAGAUUUUCCUUCCUCUUUCCAAAUAUAAUUUAAGUGGAUACUUUGAAAACUUAGCGAUGCGGAAACAGAAGUGCAGAUUUGUCAUAUGGUUUUACGACGAUAUGGAGUGUGCAUGAGAGCAAAGUGGUGAGAAACUGGAAUCAUCACUAUGACGACGUACUUAGUUGUUGUUCUUCUACUGAAUACUCCCCGAAUCAUUCAAACAUUUUAUCUAACAAGAGAGACAGAUGACCCAUCUUCGGAUCUCAGAAAAAUCGCCAUUGAUAAAAAAUCCGGAGACAUUUUUGCCGGUGGGAAAAAUGCUUUAAUGCGAAUGAAUUCCAAUUUUGAAAAAAUGUUCAGUAUUUCUGUGGGACCAAGGAAAAACAGUAAAAAUUGCCCACCAUCAGAAAUACACACUUGUGCAAAUGCAACACUAACUGAUAAUGUUGUAGAAGUCUUGGAGUACUUUCCAGCGAUAAACCAAACCAUUAUGUGUGGGUCUGUGCAGUACGGAAACUGUAGCUUAUUGUAAAAAAAUAAUAUCAAACCGUUACCUGACAGAGAACCUGCAAAUUAUUUAGGAAGCAAGUAUGGGUCCAUUAUUGUACCAUUUCAGAAAACAACAGGUUGGGUUUAUUUUACUGGAACGAGUUGGGAUGGGAGAACUCUCAAGCAAAACACGCACAACGAAUUUUCUUUUAAGAGGUUUUAUGAUUCAGUCUUUUCCCGCGAAACUGCGUAUUCUGAACUUCGGCUUUGCGUCCGAGAACGACAACAAUCGAAUCUGAAAUUCAUUUAUGGAUUCCAAGAUGAAAACUUUGUGUAUUCGAUCUAUCUAAAAAUAAGAAAAGAGGGUGGAACAGAGCAUUUUGAAACCAAAAUAUCGCGGAUUUGCAAACUUGAUGACUACAUGGGCACGUUUCAAGAAAGAAUAUUAAAGUGUAAUCAGCAUAAUAUUGCAACUGCUGCUUAUUAUUCUGCGAAAGAGCAUUUGUAUGUGGCUUUCGGAACCGGACGUGGGUCUUUGGAAGCUGGGCCUUCCUCAGUAGUCUGCAGAUUCCGGGAUAUAAAAGAACAAUUUGACGAUGAUUUUAAGAGUUGUUACACCUAUUUGACAAGUUCCGGAUAUACUCCUCCGAGAUGGAAAAACUGCAACAAUGACAGAAAAUACAUGUGUAAAAGAAAUAAAAAUUUUACGCUGGACAACUUCUGUACAAAAGAUAGGCAUUUAGAUGGAAUUGAAAAUUUAGAGCACUGGAACCCUCAUAAAGUUUCAUUGAUACAAACAGACAACAGUAAAUUGUUCACAUCCGUUUACGCUCAGAAUCUAACAGGGCAUUCAAGUGAAAUACUAUGGGUCGGAACCAGCGAUGGACUGCUUUUAAAGGCAGAUAGCAACUCACCUAAAGUAUAUGGCAGAUUUGAUCUGACAAAAAACAGAAGCAUCAAGAUAGAAGCGGAUGUAGAAACAGAUCAGAGUGGGUCGUACGCUUAUUUUCUAUACGGAAAUAAGGUUUCGAAAUUCCCAUUAUACUCGUGCCAAUUUCACACGACCUGUGGAGCAUGUGUAAAGAGUAAUGAUUCUUUGGUAUGUGGUUGGUGUAAAGAUGCUUGUCUGCAGGAAGGGGAGUGUUCAACCACGUGGUACAAUACAAGCUGUCCGCCAUUCAUUCACAAGAUUUCUCUAGAAAGCGGUCCAGUAGAGGGUGGCACCGUGCUUUAUUUGACGGGAGAAAAUUUUGGGAAACCCAAUAUUUCGUCUUCCUCGGUAUCCAUUGGAACAUCCAAAUGUGAAGAGAUCGAAUGGAACGAUACAAACAUAUGUUGUAACCUGACAUCAUCAGAAAAUGGACCCUUUACAAGUCAAAUCAUAGUAGAAAUCCAUCCCCAAAAGUCUAUAAAUGGCUACGAAAUUAAAGGAAAAUCAGAAGUAGGCGUAUUCAACUUCUCAUUCAAGGUUCCGGUGGUGACGUCUAUGAGUCCUUCGUUUGGUCCACGACGCGGUAAUACCAUCGUAACCAUCACUGGGAACAAUCUAGACAUUGGUUCCAAUACCGUUCUAUCCAUGUGUGAAGUUAUCAGGAAAAGUUCUUCCAACCUUGUCUGCAAAAUAAAUGAGUGUCUGCUUGUUCAAUCUGGCAGAGUGGGUAUGAAAUACACCAAACAGUGUCCGUAUUGUGAUGACGUCAUAAUGGAGAUUGACAGAUUUAAAACCGUUAUCAAUGGAACAUUUUGUUACAAGCAAAACCCUCAUAUCGAAAGAAUUUCACGUACAAGUACCACCACAAGUGGUGAGUUGAAGUUCAAAAUAAAAGGACGUCAAUUUGAUUCUGUUCACAAUUACGUCUUUCGUUCUGUGAUAAAUGCCACGCAUAAUGAAGAUAUGAAUUGUACGCAGACCAAUGGUACAGAACUGAUGUGCGAGACGCCGGAUUUAACGAACAUGUCUAUUGUACACAGUAGUUUACAAGUCGUUGUACUUCUGGAGAACGACGACUUCUAUUGGAAACACUGGACCAAGGGCCAGCCAUUUUACAUAAGAGUUCAUCAAGAUCCUGAGAUCGAGGGCUUGAAAGAAAUUUUAAGCGACACACAUCUUCUGGAGCUACAGGGAAGGAACCUUGAGGGCUUACAAACAGAGGAUAUACGUGUUACACUAGAUGACAUAGACUGCCCUAUGGUGGAUGUAACACCGACAUCGUUGAAGUGCGACCUGACAAUUGCUAUAGAUCAAUAUCAGAUUCUGGAGAGGGGUUUGGCACUAAGAACUAAGAUAUCAAUUGGAAAUCUAGAUAUUUCUCUUGGAUACGUGACCAUUCAACACCAAGGUAACGAGACGAUAGUCCCAGUAACUUUGAUAAGUGUGUCACGAUUCUGUUACUUUGAUAUAAAUAAAUAGUAUGGUAUUUGACAUGCAUUUAACAGAGAAUAUGCAUGACAUUAUUAUGAGACAUCAUAUUCUUAUUUCAUAUUUAGCAAUGUAAUUUUAUUCAUGCUGCAUAUGUGAAACCGCUAUAAAAAUCAAAGGUAGUCCCGAAUUUCCUCAGUCAUACGAAUGCCGAGAAGUAUAAAGGAGGUCAACUAUUGUUAUGCAGCAUAUGUUUGACAAUCAAUUAGCUUAUUUUAUCAUGUAAGCUGACUGGGUAGUGCAGUGGUAGCACUUUUGUUUCUCACCGCUACGAUCUGAGUUCGAUCCACGUGAUCGGCAGUGGUUGUAUGUGAAAUGAUAUGGUGUUAUCCCGCUCGGACACGUGGGUUUCACCCGGGUACUCCGGUUUCCUCCCACAUGAAUGACCAUUUAGUGCCAACAUUCAUGCAUCAAAGGACCCCACUAGAAACAAUUUUUUUAACUUUCAUGUAUUAUCCUUGGUACUUUUCUUCUUCUUCCAAUAAUCUGCAUACCACCUCUGGUGUAUUGUCGCAGAUGACUAUUUACAAAUGUUCAUGCCAAAGAGACAGGGCGAUAGUUGGAAGCCUUCCCUCUGUCUCCCUUUUUGAAUAAGGACGUGAUGUGUGCUUCUUUCCACUGUUCUGGUAUUCUAUCUUGAUGUAUUGAGGCGUUGAAUAUGGUAGUCAGGAUAGGUGUAAUUUCCUUUGAUAGUUCUUUUAAAAGUCUGCCUGGAAUGCAGUCUGGUCCAGUGGUUCUAUGUGGGUUAAUAUUCCGGAGCAGUUUGUAGACUCCUUCUUGUUGUACUGAUAUGUCUGGUACUGUGGGGUAUGGACUAUCUCCUUUGGUUGGUACAUGUAUAUGGUCUUCAUUCUCUGUUGUGAAUACUGAGGUAAAUUGAUCAUUCAGUAUGUUGGCUUUACUUCCGGUGUCACUGUGAAGUAUACCUUCCUUACGCAAUGGUGCUACACCUGAAGAUUAUGUGCGUCUACUCUUGAUAAAUCCAUAGAAUCGUUUUGGGUUGUUGAAAUGAUCAUCAGUUGGCAUGUUUGAUAUGUAGUAAUUGUAUGUUUUUCUGCAUUUGGAUUGAACAUGCUUCUUCAUUUUACUGUAUUUUUCCCAGUCUUUCUUCUUGCCUGAUUUCCUUCCUCUGUUGUAUGCACGCUGUUUGUUCUUAGUGGUGUUUGUAUGUAUGUAGGGAAUAAACAUAUAUUUAUUAUAUUUAUAGGUGAAGUAUACAUCGAUUUAGUCAUAGUUUAAUUGAUGAUUGUUUUUGUAUUCGAUCGUCUUAAAUUAUGGUGCGAUAUUUAUACCGGAUACGAUGUUAGGUAUUCCUCGGGCCUUUUCCGAAUGUUCUGCUAAAUGUUCUCGAGGUAUGGCGUCAAAUACGAUUAUAUUUGACGUCAUUUGACAGCUGUGUAACGUUCAUAAGGUAAAUAAAUACGGACACUCAAUGGUUGGGCAGACGUUAGUCCCAAGACAACGAUUUGUAACUGCUCUCUACGAUUAUGACGCCAAAGAGAUGGGCAUUGAAGAAUCCAGAUGGGUAAUUUCAGCUUUAUACCUUUAAGCUAACAGUUGAUAUUUAUUUACGUCCAUAGACACUAUUGAUUUCAAGCUAUGUCAAUUACAGAAUUUUGUUUAUUGACAUUCUCAGUGAGUAUCAGUUAAAUCGUAUUGUGUUGUAGUUAUAUCUGUUAACAAUAACAAAACUGAAUCAGUAUAUUCUUAUUUUAAUAAUUGUGCUUAAAUCUGGUCGCCGGAACGUGGUGUCCUUAGAUCCCAAUCUUCAACACAAUCGUCCAAAGGUAUGUUUUAACAAGUAGUUAUUUAUCAAUGAAGUUCAUAACUGUCAAUAUAUACCUUAACAAGACAGACUUCGAAACAAAUGCCCAUUGUAGUCAAUGAUCUUCGUUUCAGGCAUUUGUUUCAGCUUUUUGAUUCAGGUAUCCAAUAUGCAACUUCCCAGUAAAACUCCAUUGCCGUAACCCGUUUAUUGUCAUUGUGUGUUUUAUUGCAUAUCGAAUAAAUUGCGUAAAUACUUGAUUUUCACUCUAUUGUUUUCAUUCAACGUUCAAUAAUAGGAGGCCCACUUGUUCUGUCUGCUUAGGAAAAACAUAAUAGCACGACAAGUGUAUUGAUCGUUCUCAUGUUGAUUUGUGUCGUCUGUAUACAUAGGAAAAGGGUUGGUCUAUUCAAACGGAAGAUAAUAUUCAUCACGAGAUUUCAGUCAUUUUCCACGCUGACAGUUCUGUCCCAAAGAUGUCCCGUAGACUAAUGCUGGAUCCCGAUCCCGAGAGUAGUGCGAGUGCUAGAUUGAAUGACUACUUUCGAACUGGAACAAGCGUUUGGGGCCUUUAUAGAGAUGUUAACGACUCACAUGCAGUGCUUGAGAAACAAAACCUUUUGAUCAAUGUGAUUCUUUACGAUUUGAUCUAACUUGCCCUGGUUUAGGAAGAGCUACUGAUGUACUCGUGCAAAUUUGUUAGUAAGAAGACCAAGCACAACGCCCCACAUUUAGUCGACUGAAGGAAAAAAUCGAAAGACUUAUAUAUAUCAAAGACAAUAGUAAAUUGACCGGCGACACUUAGUAGUGCUUGACGGGUCGCACGCUAUCAUUAUAUUAACGAGAUGGAGCCCGGGUACCAAAUCGUCUGUGUCAUCUGGUGAUGCAGCUUUGCUGAAAACCUGAUGUAGGAAAUCUGUCAAGAAUGGGGUUGUACUUUUCUAGUGAGAGGAAUGGAUGCUUGUGCUCGAUUUCUUUGACAGUUCUCGUUUGCUGCAGGAAUACAUCAAAUGAAAUAUGUAAAAGGAUACUGUUAAAUGUUCAGACGAUCGUCGCUAGAUACCGGUAUAAGUUAAAUUGAAGAUGUGUUUUGUUAAUGUUUUGAAAUAUUUUGAUACUUUCAAUUGAUCUUUAAAUUUGUGUUACUUUUCUUUCUAUUGGCAAUGUUUGCAGUUUGAUAAGAUAGAACUUUUCAUAAGAGAUUAACAAGUAACGUUUCCGAUUGAAUUGCAAACAUGUGCCUUCAACUUAUAUAUGUACAUAUCUCAUUAACAGUAUGUGUGCACGCUUGAUUUUCUAUUGCUUUUGUCAAUUCACAUAAAUGACCAAUAAACACUUUGUGUUUCACA